UUAGUUGCUAUGUUUUGUAUUUGACGGUAAGGUAAAUCCUAGAGAAUGUCAAUUAUAGUGUGAACAAUAUUUGUACAUGUGUGGUGUAUAAGAAGUUAUAAGAUGUUAACCAAUAUUUAAAGCUUCCAUUUCGUUAUGUUGUGCAUGAUAAUAAAGUGAAAGUAAUAAAGGAUAUUUAAUAAUUGAAAACACGGUGACGGCAAUAGUCUUUGAUCAAUAUUUCUUAGAUCUCCAAAUUUAACAGUGUUCAGGUUGUGUGGACAGAGAUAAACUUUGAAAAUGUAAACUACCUAUUCGGCAUUCGCUAUGGACCAAACUAGCUCGUUUUAAUUCAUUCGUUUCAUCGCAAAUACGUAUUGAGUAGAAAUCAACCAGGAUGUCUUUAUUAUUUAUUAAAACCAAAGACUUGACAUGGCAGGAUCAUACAUUAAACAUAGAAGCUAUGUUGGCACCUACCAGAUCCCAACUGCUGGUCAACAAACAUAAAUCUUACGGUGCAAGAGCUACCACGGAUAAAGACCUCUACGAAAAACAGAAAGUCACCAGACUAAAAGAUUACGUCAUAGAAAAAAGAAUGAUGGAGAGACGAAAACAAAGAAUAAACAAAAGACAGAGAGAAAUAUACAUGGAUAGAUCACAUUCUAUGUUAUCUUCCGGGAAUCGUGAUGAUGACGACGUGGAAACUAAAUCCAAUCUCUCUGAUUCUCAGUUACUCAAGAUAAAAUCAUCUGCAUGUUCCAUGCGUUCGAAGACUUCCUCGGUUGCAUCCAAGUCACCAACUUAUCAUCCUCGACUGCCAACUCAACCUAGAUGCUCAUCUCUACAAGCUUUAAAUACUGAGAACAUGGAGAUAACGUGCGAGGAUAUCGAUAAGGGUGUAUUUAUAACCGAAUUCAUACGCAAUGAUUCCAAGUUACCAACGGUUCCAAAAAGUGCACAAGAAAUACGAGAUCAGCGAAAUGUCUCCUUUGCUUCUAUUCGAGAUGAUCAUCAUUAUGGUAAAAGCAAAUAUUUUAACAGCAAUGGUCGAAUAAAACCACUUCAAGCUCGCAUUGAAGAAUUUUUAGUUGACCAAAAAAAUUUCAAUGAAGAUCCAAAACAGAAAAGUCCGAUCAGUGUUUGGGAUAAAAUUGGUAGAAAUAAAAAUAAACAGCUAGUAGCCAACAAGUUGUCUAGUCUAACCUUGGAUAAAACAACACUCGAGGGCGCGUUCGAUCAUUUCUGUGAAGAAAAUUCUAAAGAAAAUUUUCAUAAAAUGGUGAAAAUGGCAACAAAAUUAAAGGCUAGGGUGGCAAUCGCCAGGAACCAGUCAUGGGUUCCAUCCAUGUCAGCAAUCAAGUUCAGUAAAACGUUCUUGAGUGUUCUAGAGAAAAAACGCCACAGUGAACGGGACUUAAACCUAGUUCCUAUAUGAAUAGUUCUAAAGUUAGUAAAAAUUACCUAGAUAUAUUAUGUGAUCUAAAUAGUUUUACACAUUUUAAUUCACAAAAGGGUCUUCUCAAAAUCUGUAGACAUAAUAUCCAAUGACAAAAUCAAUUCCUAUUGGUUAUUAACUGUAUCAGCAUGCAUUUAGCUGAACUUUAGUCUGAUUCUGCAUCAGAUUUAACGUGUAUUUCCAUUCUUUAUCAUAAGGUUCAAAUUCAUUAUUUUUAAUUUGCUUAAAUUUGUAACAGAGGGGAUGAAUGUAAUUAUCACCAGGAAUUAAUGACUUCAAGAAGCGAAAGUAAUAAUAAUAACAAUCAAAGAAGACAAUAAUAACAACACCAUCUGUACCCAACCGGUUGUUCUUGCAGGGUUUCGAGUUUCGUAAAUAUGCAAGAGUAUACCGAAAAAGGAAAGAUUUACCCUAUUUACAAGUGUUUAGUUUUAAAGCAAACACACGUUAGAUCUUCACAUUAAUCUCAAAUGUCAAGUUCGCCUAAUUUUAAAGUAAAGAUUGUCAUUUUUAUGAAAGGACUGUGCAAUUAGCAGAAACCAAUGUAAAUUUUGUUUUGUUUGGUUAGAAGUGAUAAUGAUGGAUUACAAUAAUUUUUGGAA